GCUACCAACCUGGCUCCUGCAGACCCCAACGGCAAGGCAGACCCUUACGUGGUGGUGAGUGCUGGCCGGGAGCGGCAGGACACCAAGGAGCGCUACAUCCCCAAGCAGCUGAACCCCAUCUUUGGGGAGGUCCUGGAGCUCAGCAUCUCUCUUCCUGCCGAGCCAGAGCUGACUGUGGCUGUGUUUGAUCAUGACCUCGUGGGUUCUGAUGACCUCAUCGGGGAGACCCACAUUGAUCUGGAAAACCGAUUCUAUAGCCACCACAGGGCGAACUGUGGGCUGGCCUCCCAGUAUGACGUGGACGGGUACAAUGCUUGGCGUGAUGCGUUCCGGCCUUCCCAGAUCCUGGCUGGGCUGUGCCAACGAUGUGGCCUCCCCAGCCCUGAAUACCGAGCCGGGGCUGUCAAGGUGGGCAGCAAAGUCUUUCUGACAUCGCCUGAGACCUCGCCCUCAGGUAGGGAGGGCCCCAAAGUGGCAAGUGAGGUCCCCGAGGAGGUACAGGCAUUGCUGGUGCUGCGGCGUUGGCAAGAGAUGCCAGAGCUUGGGAUCCAGCUGGUGCCUGAGCAUGUAGAAACUCGGCCCCUCUAUCAUCCCCGCAGCCCAGGGCUGCUGCAGGGAUCCCUUCACAUGUGGAUUGACAUCUUCCCCCGAGAUGUGCCUGCCCCACCCCCAGUUGACAUCAAGCCUCGGCAGCCAAUCAGCUAUGAGCUCAGAGUCAUCAUCUGGAACACGGAGGAUGUGGUUCUGGAUGAUGUGAACCCACUCACUGGAGAGAUGUCAAGUGACAUCUACGUGAAAAGCUGGGUAAAGGGGCUGGAGCACGACAAACAGGAGACAGACGUUCACUUCAACUCUCUGACUGGGGAGGGGAAUUUUAACUGGCGCUUCGUGUUCCGCUUUGACUACUUGCCCACGGAACGGGAGGUGAGCGUCCGGCGCCGGCCUGGACCCUUCGCCCUGGAGGAGGCCGAGUUCCGGCAACCGGCCGUGCUUGUCCUGCAGGUCUGGGACUAUGACCGCAUCUCUGCCAACGACUUCCUUGGAUCCUUGGAGCUGCAGCUGCCAGACAUGGUGCGGGGCGCCCGGGGGCCCGAGCUCUGUUCCGUGCGGCUGGCCCGCGAUGGGGCAGGGCCGAGGUGCAACCUGUUUCGCUGCCGCCGCCUGCGGGGCUGGUGGCCCGUAGUGAAGCUAUGGGAGGCAGAGGAUGAGGAACGGGAGCAGCGGGAGGCACGAGCUGGCAAGAAGAGGCAGAGGAAGAGAAGAAAGGGCCGCCCGGAAGACCUAGCGUUCACAGACGCUGGAGGCAGCGUCCAUAUCCUUACGGGGAAGGUGGAGGCAGAGUUUGAGCUGCUGACCGUGGAGGAGGCGGAGAAGCGGCCAGUGGGGAAAGGGCGGAAGGAGCCUGAGCCCUUGGAGAAGCCCAACCGCCCUAAAACCUCCUUCAACUGGUUUGUGAACCCGCUGAAGACCUUUGUUUUCUUCAUUUGGCGCCGGUACUGGCGCAUCCUGGUGCUACUGCUGCUGCUGGCAUUGGUCACCAUCUUCCUUCUCCUGGUCUUCUACACCAUGCCCGGCCAGAUCAGCCAAGUCAUCUUCCGCCCCCUCCACCAGCCCCCUGACCCUAAUUGACCCUGGACGCUCUUCCCCUACCAACCCCAUAAUUUCCACUCCUGGGGGUCCUUCUCACCAACACGACUGCUUGAGUU